AUGGGUCGAAAGGGUAUGCCGAGUCGCAGUGAGCUUCGCGACUACAACCAUGCCGUUGCCGGACAUGCUGGCACCAUGUGUGACGCCGAGGGCGAGCUCUUCAUCAAACCCUGCACCCAGUCCGAAAUCGACUUUUACGAGUCGGCCAACCGAAGACACCCCGAAUUCGCCGACCUCAUGCCCCUCUUCAUGGGCUCCCUGAUGCUCAGCGACCCGGCGAGUGACGGUGUCGACGCAGCCUUGUCCGAGAUCAUCUCCGAGGUGGGCGCCAUCGAGUCGACGAAAGAGCAAAUAACCGCCUCCGUGGCGGAACGAAUACCGAGCACGGCGGCCGAUGCAACGGCCGAUGCCGCAGCCGAUGCGCAGUCCGACGACAACGUCACGUGGGUCCCGACCAAGGGGAAGAAGAUAAAGACGGACAAGGCGGUGGUGCUGGAGAACGCGACGUACGGCUUCAAAAAGGCCAACAUCCUCGACGUCAAGCUCGGCGUGCGCUUGUGGGCCGACGAUGCCCCGCGGGAGAAGAAGGCGCGAUUCGACAAGAUUUCGUCGGAAACGACGCACGGGAACCUCGGCUUUCGCAUCGCCGGCAUGAGGGUCUACCGCGGCUCCGACGAUUCCUCCGACCUCGACGAGGAAGACUACAAGAUUUACGACAAGGACUACGGACGGCUGUCGGUCACCGAGGACAACGUGAUGAGAGAGUUUCGCAAGUUCAUCUUCAACAAGACGGCCGGCGUCGACGAUGAGCUGGGCAAGGGCAUCUGCGACGCCUUUGCCCGCGACCUGGCAAGGGUUCGGGACGUCAUGUCGCGACACGAGAGUCGCAUGUACUCGUCCUCAUUGCUCUUCGUCUUCGAGGGUGACGGCGAAGCGCUCAACGAGGCUAUCGGCUUGAACAACGCGCUGGUGACAUCGGCCACCAAGGCCUCCGCCCGCGACCGGACCGCCAAGCGGAUAGACAGCGGCAUCGGCUUGGACGACGACGUCCUCGAGGAGCUCGAGUCCUCGCUCCCGCAGGUAUAUACCUUGAAGCUCAUCGACUUUGCCCACGCCCAGUGGACGCCGGGGCUCGGCCCAGACGACAACAUGCUCAAGGGCGUCGAGAGUUUGCACCGUAUAUUCAGCGAGAUGGCACGAUGA